GGUAUUAUUUAGGACAUUUGAAACUAUUGCGUUCAUUGCGAACAUUUUGGUGCGUGUGAAAAGUUAUUAAAUCAACAAAAAUGGCUUUCCGCAUACCUUUUGGCAAGAAGCACGCUGAGAUAGCGAGUUCCUUCAUCCGAUCUGGAGCCGGAUUCGGAGGAGCUGCUGGCCUGGCCGUGCUUUACUACACCGACUGGAAGCUGGUCCUACAGUACGUGCCCAUCUACGGAUCCAAGUUCGAAAAAAGCGAGUAACCUUGCCUGCCGUAGUUGAAUCCACAGUUAGCCUCGAUGUUUUGCUUGGUGAAUAAAAUAAGUUAAAACGACCAAAGGGUAUUACUGAGUAUCGUAUAUUACAAAUAACUUUGUAGAGGGCACAAGGAUCGGUUAGAUUAUUUCUCUAGCUAACUAAUCGCUAAGGCUUAAGUAACUGUUCCCUAAGUCUUACAUGGCUAGCCUAUUUUGAUCAAGCAUUGUAUAAAAAAGUACAACGGCGAGCUGCCCAUUCGAUUGGAAGAGUACAAAACGGUUUCUUUUUUGAAAAGAGAAAUAUGAGAUUGCG